GAACAAAAUACGAAUACUUCUUCACAACCGCGUUAUACCCAUACAAACUUCAAAUCUCUUCCCUAUCUUAUCUAUAUAUAACUACACCCACCAUUUCCUUCUCACAAUUCACCCCUUUCUCUCCAUCCUCACCACAAAUUCUCUUCACCCUUUAUACUUUUACUUACAUCAACCUACACAUUUUUCUCUUACUUCCUUCAUUUAUCAAUCUACAUUCACCAACCAUGGCCGAUAAGCAACCCCAUUUGAAUGGUGCUUAUUACGGUCCCGCCAUUCCCACAGCGGAACCACCACGCUACCGCCCUCAACGCGAAAGAGGCUGCUGUUGCUGCCUCUUCGGAAUCUUGUGGAAGAUUCUGGUUGUACUCAUCGUUCUCGUUGGCCUCGCAAUCCUCAUAUUCUGGCUGGUUGUUCAACCCCGCUCCUUCAAGUUCCAUGUCACGGAAGCCGACCUAACCCAAUUCGAGUACAACGCCAACAACAGCACCCUCGACUACAACAUGGUCCUGAACUUCACCGCACGCAACCCCAACAAAAAACUGAACAUCUACUACGACAAAGUGGAAGCAUUGGCAUUCUACGAGGAUGCCAGAUUCUCCAAUGACGAUGUGAUAACGCACAUGAACUCGUUCAGGCAGUACACGAAGAGCAGUAGCCCCAUGAGCGCUGUUUUUUCAGGCCAGCAGGUGGUGACACUAAACAAUGAACAAGUAUCUCAGUUGAACGAACACAAGAGUGAAGGCGUUUACGAAUUCUAUGUGAGACUCAACUUCAGGAUUCGAUACAGACUUGGGGAUGUUAUCUCUGGUGACUUCAAACCCAAGGCCAAAUGUCAUAUCAAGGUUCCCUCCGCUGACAAUGCCUCUCAAACCUUUCAGACCACCAAGUGCGACAUCGAUUACUAGAUUACUAGAUUACAUCUUCCAUUUCUUCCAUUCAUUUUCGUUUUUUCUUUCUUUACCAUUAUUUUAUAUUUUAAUAAUGUUUUGUGUGGCUUCUCUCAUUAUUUUGUCCAUUCUUUGACUAUAUCCUGUAAUGCCUUCGGUUUCUAGAAAUAAUAUUUAUUUAUAUAUGUUUUUUGUCUUGUAGAACGGUCUUGUGUAUUUAAAGU